AUGGAAGGGGCUGGUGUUGUGCCUAAGCUCAAACUUCUCAGCGAGUCAGGGUUAAAGUUUGAGGAGACAGAGUUCAGAAAAGACCCAAGAGUUUGUACAGUGUACAGCGACGGUCGUGUGGAGGAAAUCCAAGACUUUGUAGCAGAGGGAGGAGGAAAGCCUGACAAACCACCAACACAAAUUACAUCUGACUCAACACUAUUCUUCUGCCAUCCUGCCAUCCACCCUCUCCAUCCAACCUUCAGCGCAUCGAUCCUUCCCACCAUGUCCGACCAACGCACUCAGGCCUACAAGUCCCUGAUGAGAGGUUUGAGGGAGCUGGACCUCCAUGGCCCCCGUGUUCCCAGUGACCUGUUGCUGAUUGGAGACCAUGCCUUUCCUUUAGCAAUGAACAGCCAAGGCCAGGUCCUGAUGGCAGCCUCUCUGUACGGCCGUGGGAGGAUCGUGGUCCUGGGUCACGAGGGAUACCUGACGGCCUUUCCUGCUCUGGUAGAAAACGCUCUGACCUGGCUGAGAGGAGAUGGAUCCCACAACCUGUCUGUAGGGGUCCACAAAAACAUCAAGGGAGUCGCUGAUAACCUCAGCAAGUCCAGCUUCCAAGUCUCAGUUGUUGGGGCCUUUACUGAUAAUCGGGAGGUUGGUGUGUACGUGACGGACGCCUACUGCGUUGGUGGAAACGUGAAGGACCUGGUGGCUUUUCUGAAAGCUGGAGGAGGAGUGCUGAUAGCAGGGCAGGCAUGGAACUGGGCUCACAAUAACCCUAAGGAGAACCCAAUUCUACACUUUCCAGGGAAUAAAGUGUCUGCUGUGGCUGGGAUCUACUUUACUAAGCACAAUGGGAAGGUAGAGAUCCUGGAUGUCAGCCCAGAGAUCCCAUCCUCAUGGAUGGCUUUACGUGUUGGUACGGAUUUUACAGAUGACCUAGAGUUCUUACUCCAGGGUAUUUCAGAGUUUGACCUCGGGGGUCUUUUAGCUUCUGAGGCUCUGGUCCACGGCCCGCUAGCGUUCCCCAUUGGUUCCAACGAGGAUAAACAGGCAUUCCUGGCAGGAGCCUACUACGGGAAGGGACGAGUCAUUGUGAUCUCACAUGAAUCUCCUCUGAAAUCAAAGAAACUGGCUCCAUUUUGGAAAAAUGCCAUUGGUUGGCUGGACCAAGGCCGGAAGGGGUCCGUCGGUGUUAUGCCAAACCUCAAACUUCUCAAGGAGUCAGAGAUAAAGUAUGAGGAGACGAAAUUAAGGAAAGACCUGAGUGUAUUUGUUAGUACACUGUACAGCGACGAUGGUGCGGAGGAAAUCCAAAACUUUGUGGCAGAGGGAGGAGGUCUGCUGAUUGGUGGGCACUCGUGGCACUGGGCCCAAACUCACCGUGGGCAAAACCCAAUGACAGAUUACCCAGGAAACAAGAUCCUGAACAAAAUGGGUUUGAGCAUGUUGCCGGCAACCAUUAGUGAAGGCCUCUACAAGGCCCCUGUGCCUAACCAGGUCAACAAAGACACCAACCACUUCCAGUCUGUCCUUCGUCUCUUUGCCGGUCAUGUUUUCCAGGGUAAAGAACUUACCGAGGAUCAGGUUGAACACCUUAAGGAACUGAGCCUGGAUUGCGCCAACUACUUGAAGACGAAGGCUUAUGACAGCUACUCCUACACACAGAUGCUGUCCAUCCUCACUGACAUAGUGAAGUCCGCAGGCAUGCCACAGGUGAGUGAGAGGAACCCUGUGAAGAGUCCCAAAGACCACCUACUCCUCAGUGUAGGGUCAACGUUAUACAGUGUGUCCCCAGAUCGUGAUGCCCUCCUGCCCUACCUCAUCAAGGAUAAACCUUCGAUGCCAACAGUGGAAAACCAAAGGAUCAAUAUUAAUGUUAACACAGCAGAAGAGGAGGAGUGGAUCAGUACAGGCCUGUACCUCUCUCCUGGUAUGAGGACCGAGAUCAUCAUGCCAGCAAACAUGGUCAACAAGAGCUGGAGGAUCCAGAUCAGUUCUCAGUCAGACUACCUGACAAAUAAACAGUUGAAUAGAGCAGCGUCUGUUUGCGAGCAUUUUCCUGUAACCUCAGGGAAGAUAAAGGUGUGGAACCUGUGGGGACUCAUCUACCUGGUGGCACCGCCCAACACAAAGGUGGCGGGGGCGGAGGUCAUUGUGCAGAGGGCUGUAACUGCUCCUUAUUACAAGUCUGGUGUCACCACAGCAGCUGAUUGGUUGUCGCUGCGUAAAGCUCCCUCCCCCUGGGCAGAGUUGGAGUUUGACAACAUCAUCCUCACCGUACCUUCAGACCUUGUUCGAGACCUGGAGAGCCUUGAUAAGGUGGAAGCACUUUGGAACAACAUCAUGAAGAGCAUCGCUGAUCUGGCUGUCAUACCACACAAAUUUCCCCGCAAAGAACGCAUGGUAGCAGACGUGCAGAUUUCUCAUGGCUGGAUGCAUGCAGGCUAUCCUGUGAUGAUACACUUACCUUCAGCACCUGAGCUUCUCAAACCAGACGAUGCAAGAACCAAGGGCCUGUGGGGACAAAUCCACGAACUGGGACACAACCAACAGAGAAGCUGCUGGGAGUUCCCCAACACCACUGAGUGCACGUGCAACCUGUGGUCAGUGUAUGUGCACGAAGAGUUGCUGGGGCUGAGCAAGGAAAAGGCUCAUCCAGAUAUGACCUUGACAAAGCGGAAGAACCGUAAUGACAAGUAUGUUAAAGGGGGCAAGAAGCUCAGCGACUGGACCCUAUGGACGGCCCUGGAGACAUACAUGCAGCUCCAGGAGAAGUUUGGCUGGGACGCCUUUAAGAAGGUGUUUGCUGCGUACCACGAGAUAAGGAACUAUCCCAGUGACAACCCUGGAAAGAUGAACCUGUACGCUGUGACUUUCUCCCAGACUGUGGGGAUGAACCUGUCUGCGUUCUUUAAGUCCUGGGGCUGGCCCAUAGAAACAGCCACUGAGGAGAAACUCUCCAACCUGCCUUCCUGGAGAGACCACCCCAUGGCCAAAUAUGAUUAAACUUC